CGGACAGACAGAUCAAUGCGUUGCACGUGUAACAAGUUACGUACGAGUGAAAAAAAUAUGUAUAUACUAAAUCAUAUAAGCGAAAAUUAUGUGCAGAUGAGUGUUUAAGUGUACAGUUUUGUGAUUUGUCAUAAUUGUGAGCAGUGAGCAGGCUCCAGUAUGCAGAGUACCUCUCCACGAUGGCGGUGGGUCGUGGCCAUCGGGAGCGCUAUGCUGGCCGUCGGAGCCCUGACCUCCGCACUGGCAUGGAACCUAAUCUUCGAUUCCAUUCUGCAGUCGCAACUUGCCCUGGUCCCCGGCACACGCACGUACGAGACGUGGCUGGGACCGGCAGUGCCACUCUUCUUCGAAAUCUAUUUCUUCAACUGGACAAACCCUGACACUUUUCCUGGGGAGAAACCACAUUUGGUACAACUCGGCCCGUACCGCUUCAGAGAGCACCGCGAGCACGUGAACGUGACGUGGAACCGAGCGGAGCACACCCUGGGCUACCGCACCUUCCGCAGCUGGCAGUUUGACGACUCCAGCGAGGGCAGCCUGGAUGACGUUAUCACCACCGUUGACGUUAUCACUGCUUCAGCAGUCCACCGCGAACGCCCCAAUCAGAGCCACUUCGAGCAGUACAUGUUCAGUGUAUUCUUGAAGAACACCUUCACUGGCCACCGGGUGCACGUGACCAAGACUGCCAGGGAACUGUUGUUCGAGGGCUACAGCGACUGGCUGCUAACGUUAGCCCAGGUCAUGCCUGACGACCCUUCUGGAGCACCCAAGUUCGAUAAGUUUGGAUGGUUUUAUCAGAGGAAUAAUUCCUUGGACACGGAUGGCUACAUGGAAGUGACGACUGGUGAAGAAACCGGCACGCUCCCCGGACAGAUCGUGAGGUGGAACCAUGAGGACCAUCUAGAGUAUUACCAGGGAAAAUGUUCAAGGCUAGCAGGCAGCGCGGGCGAGUUCUUGCCCCGGAACCUGUCCGAGCACUCGACGCUGACGAUGUUCGUGCCAGACCUGUGUCGCACCGUUGAGAUGCCCUACGUGCACAGCGGCCAGUACUUCGGUCUUCACUACCUCAAGUUUGCUAUGGCUCCUAGUAGUUUCGAUAACUCCUCUGUGUCGUCAGAAAAUUCAUGUUUCUGUAAUGGUCCGUGCGAAUGGCACGGCGUCAUGAACGUAUCUGCGUGUAGGUUCAAUUCUCCCACAUUCAUCUCGUCGCCUCACUUCCUGCACGCUGACCCUCGUCUCCAAGACCUGUUCACGGGACUCAACCCUGAUCCAGAGAAACAUUCCUUCUAUUUUGCCGUUGAGCCUAGAUUGGGCAUUCCAGUUGACGUGGCAGCCAGGUUCCAAUUGAACAUUUACAUGGAACCGGAUAAUGGAUUAUACUUGAAGGUGCCAAAGCUGCUGUUCCCAGUCUUCUGGGUCCAACAGCGAGUAUCGUUAGACGAGAAGACAGUAGACGAGUUAUAUAUGGCGAGGAGUAUCCUCGACUGGGGAGCCACCUUCUGUGUCGGAACAGCCCUGGCCUUCGCCAUCGUCGCAGUGGUAGCUACAUGCAACUUCUGUAGGAGAACUAAACCAGAAUACACGAAACCCAAAAAUCAUAAAAUCAUUGACGAAGCGGAGAUGAAAUUAAAUCCUAUGUGACAAAAGACAUUUUUAGUAAUAAUUAAUUCGAACAGUUGUAUAGUGAAUUCAGUGAGGCCUAUAUUUGAACAGGACUAAUGUUAGCUAAGAACUCAAAUAGUGAUGGGACAAGGCCCGAAGAAAAGUAAAAAAUUUAGUUAAAUUCGUUUUAAGUAUGCUUACUUGCCAAAUACGAUUUUAAAACGCAUUAAAAUUACUCGAACAACGUAAUAAACACGUUUCCGUGAGUUAAAAAGAACACGUUUCCAUGAGUUAAAAUGGGAAACAAAAUUUGUUUAUUUUUAUUAUUAAGACUACAGAAAACAUUUUCAUUCGCAUAUCAUGUGAAAAAUAGAACGUAUGCUUUACUAAAAUAAAAAGAACAUGCCUAAAUAUUGUGCAUACACAACAGUCAGUUUACACGUUGCGAUUUGCGAUUGGACGAGUUAGUAGUUAGCUUGAACGACUAACUAACAAUCCCUAUUAGUGAGUUCAGUAAAUUUUAGUGAAAACUUUAUUGAAUACAUGUAUGGUAGUGAAGAGUACAGGGUAUUAAUAAACGUACCAUGACGAUAUAUAGAUGAUUGUGUAUGUAUGUAGUUUGAAGCAGUGGUUAUGGACCGAGGUUAGAAUUCUACCCUUGCCACAUGAGUUUGUAUACCAAUCUGACUCAUGUAUAGUAGUUUUCAUCGACCACCACUUGCUUCCUGUGAAGGAAAACAUCGUGAGGAAACCUGCACACUGGUUGAUUAUUAACUUGUGUGUAAAAUGGAAAAGGCAACGGCAAACCACUCCAUUAAUAAUAAAGAAAGUUGUUGUCUCUGUUUCAUUCCAGGUAACGACCUCAGCCAUGAGGAAAUAUGUAUAUAGAGAGAGUGUAUGUAUGUAUGGCUGUUAAGUAAAUCUCAUUUGUAAAUAUUUGUGAAUAGUAUCACUAGCCUAUAUCAAAUCGAUAUUACAUUAGAACUAUAUUAAUAAAGUUAGUUUGACCACGAUAGAGUUUAUAUUAAUUGUUAAAUAAACAUACAGACAGAUUACGCACAGACAAACAUUUUCCAUUAUGCUAUUUGAACAAAUAUAUAGUUUAGCUCUACUUUAUUUUGUUUUGUAAAUUGUUUUGUUUUAUCACCGAAUAUUUGCUCGUAAUAAAUUAUUUUUCUUUACACGAAGAAUAUUUUAAAAGUUACUGUUAUACAAAAUUUCUGUAAUUAAUUUUUGUUUGCAUUAAAUGGAAUUAUAUAGAAUAACAAGUUUUUUAAAACUCAAAAAUCUACAAAACACAAACACCAACUUUUCUCUGAUGUAGGUUAACAAAAAAAAACGUAGAAUAUAGAAAAAUACAAAAUGAACAAACUAUAUAUACUUACAUAUAAUAUGUAUUUAGAAAAGCUGAAUAAUCAAUAAAUGGAUUGCUUUUCACUCUUUGUUGUGCUCUUUACAUUUUGAUUUGUUUGAUGUGAGAGCCAGAGUGGAUUGCACCAGUCGACGCCCAGCUUUACGUUGUUCUGCGCAGGUUAAAGUCAACGUCAAAGUUGAGUGGUACAACCGAAAAGCGAUGAGCUUAUUGGACAGAUAGUGCAGGUGUAGUGUACCUAUGCAAUAUUAUUAUUAACGUAAAAGUAAUCAAUAUAUUGUAAUUAGGUAUUAUAUUAAGUUUAUAUGGACCAAAGACAAUUCAAGUCGCUUGGUUCCGAAGCGAUGUUUUUUUGACAGGAGUAAGGAAUCGAAACAGAAGCAUUCUGAGUGGCGUCCAAAAUUCAUGAAAAAAAAAGAAGAGCAUUAGAUUUACACAUCCUAAUCUAACUAAAUAUUACUAUAUACUACAAUAUUACAUAUUAUUUUGAUUAGCUAUCUUAAUUUUAACUGAGCAGGAGCGCGAAACAUUGUUUCUUCUUUUAUUUAUUAAUCCAGGAAAACAGUUACAGGUCGUAUCACUAAACAAAACAUCGCCAAACUGUAAACAGUACAAACAAAAAAGUGGAAAAACAAAUUGUCAAUUGGAAAAUCUACAAUUUUAUAUAAUUGUCGGCGUAAAACAAAUACACUUUUGACAUAACCUAAUAUUAUAUGAAAUUAAGAUUUUUCUAUUAUUACAUAAGUAACGAAUAUAUACAUAAGUAAAUACUCGCAAUAAUAGAAAAAUCUUAAUUCGUAGUGAUAAUACUAAACGAUAUACUUAUUGUGACGCUGUGCAGCCCUCAAUUUGUCAACUGGGCGAGUAGAGCGCGCGUACAUAAACCGGUUUUAUCCAGUAUUCCCAAGUUCGCAACAAACUGUUAGUAGACAAACACACAUGCGCUGAAUACUUGUAGAAGUGUACCUAUGAAAUCGUAAUUAUAUGAAGCUUAAGCCUCUGUUCUGAUUUACUCCUGUGGUUUUCAUCGCGAGGAACCGUGCACUAAUUGCGUAGGUAGGUAACGUCUACUGCCAUUAGAUAGCAGUAUUUGUAAAGUCAUGUCACGUGUCUUUAGGUAACUUUAAUAAAAAGAGUGUUAUAACAGACUCGACACGAAGAAAGACAUUCCAAAUAUAAUGAUGUAUAUAAUAAAAUCAGGAAAAAACGUCACUCUAGAUCUACUCGUAUUUGAUAAUAAGUUAUUUUUAUUUAUUGAAAGAUCAAAUAGUAUAAUUUUAUUCCAUAUUUUGUAAUAACUAGAUAUUAUGUUAAUUAUUUAAAUAAGUGUACUAUUGAUUAAAUCAUCCAUGUAUAUUUACAUCGAAAUGACGUUAAUGCAAUUAAAAUUUUAUUUUAUACAUUUUAUUGUG